UGGGUUGCAAGCUAUGGGGGAUAGGCUGAUCAGACAGCAAGUGUGAAAAAUCGGGAUGGGGUGCGGGGUAGUAGGUGCCUGUAUAAGAUAAAGCCCCAAAUACCGGGACUGUCCCUAUAAAAUCGGGACAUCUGGUCACCCUAAUGGGGGAUUACAGGGGGUGGGGGUGGGAUGCAGAGUGUGUGUGUGUGAGGGUUACAGGGGGGUGGGAUGCAGAUAUGGAUGCAGGGUAGGUUACAGGGGAAGAUGCAGGGUAUGGGUGGGGGAUGACAGGAGGCAGGGUAUGGGUGUGUGUGUGGGAGGGUUACGGGGGUCGGAUGCAGGCUAUGGGUGCAGGGGGGGUUAUGGGGGAGGAUUCAGGGUAUGGGUGGGGAGGAAUUACGGGGUGGGAUGCAGGAUAUGGGCGGGGGGAGGUUACAGAGGGUGGGGUGCAGGGUAUGGGUGGGGGUUACUGGGGGUGGGAUGCAGGGUAUGGGUGUGUGUGCGAGGGUUGCAGGGGGUGGAAUCGGGGUGGGAGGUUACUGGGGCUGGGAUGCAGGGGAUGUAUGGGGGGCAGUUAAAGGGAGGAGGGGGUUGUGUGAAGAGUCCUACUGCAGGAUGUGUGCGAAUCCACAACAUGGGAGCAGAUGCGGGCUGGUGUAGCCAGUGACAUUUAGUUUCACCAGCCACUGCCCUCUGGGUGCCUCCUGGGGUCUGGAUCUGCCAGCUGCUACCUGUUGCGAAUAUCUGCCAUGUAGCCCUGUUGCUUGGCUGGAUGCUGCUGGUCCAGGGCCUAUGCUGGGAGGUGUAGUCCACACCUCGCAACCUGUUACUUUACUUCUGGGUUUUGUGGCUUUGUAUAGAAACCCAGUCUUGCUUGCCCUUACUUCUGGGCUGUUCUGUAGCUGGCAGUGUGGCAGCAACUCUUGGGUAGUUUUACAACAGCUAUGUAAAAAGAACUAGCAAAGUCAGUGCAACUAAAAUUUCAUACAGUGACUUAUGUAUGCUGCUCUCUAUAUAUUGUGCACUGAAACAUGAUCCAGAAAUCCAAGAGGAAAUUCGCAGAAAAGAUGACAAACUUCUCGCCUUAUUAAAAGAGAUUUAUGUUGAUUCCAGAGAUCCACCUGUGCAAGUAAAAGAUGAAGGUGGAAUUAUCCCAAGUAAACAGCAGGAAUACAGACUUACAAAACUUGGUCAUUUAAGAGAUCAAGAUAUUCCAAGCAUUCCUAAAGGCAAAAUUUCUAUAGUGGAGGUUCUGACUCUUCUCAAUAAUCAUAAACUUUCUCCACAAACAUGGACUGCAGAGAAAAUAGCAAAGGAGUACAGUAUAGACUUGAAGGAGGUCACCUCUCUCUUAGAAUUCUUCAUACCUUUUGCUGUGGAGAUCUUUCCUCCCAAAGACAGAAAAGUUUUAUAACCUUCCUAAAGUGAUUGCUGAAAUCUUGGUUGAUCCACUGGUGUCUUCAUUUGACACUUCUCAUACACUGUUUGUGUGGGAAUUUGGUCUCAUGCUCUUAAAGGUUGCCCUCUUGUAGCAAAAAAAUGCUUUAUUUAAAUGACUGCAUUCUCUGUGUGACUGCUGCAUGUGAAAAUAAUGUAUUUGAUAUAUUCUGGUUCAUAACCUGUCUCAUUUAAGCCAAAUAAGGAGACAAUCAGUGAAAUCUGUUCAGGAUAAUAAAUGAUCCACUUAAAUUGU